AUGUUCUCCACCUUCUUCCAGCCCUGCGAGCUCAAGCUCCACUUGCUUCAAAAUGCCGUCUUCUUGCACCCACCCGAUCGCCCACUGCCAGAGAGCCACGAGAGGCCGCCCAUGGCCAACGACGAGAUCGUGCGAGGUCUCGUCGAACUCUACGUCCCAUCCACCCGCCACAUCUCGGGUAUCCGCGUCCGUCUGAAGGCAGUCCAGACCAUCGCCAUCCUCGAUCCAUCGGCUGGCCUCACACCCAUCAGCUGGGAGGACUCCACCGUCCUCGAAAAGGUCGUCGAGAUCGGCAUCCAGAGCGAUAAGCAUCACAACCACAAUCACCAUUAUCUGCUGUCUUUCAACCACCGUUCGGCUUCCGCGGGACCGAGCCAUCAGGUCGGCUCCCCUUCACAUGCCCAGCAGCAACGCGGACGAAGCUCCGCGACUCCGGACCGCUCCGGUCGCUCGGGCUCCGCUUUCGGCAUGCGAUCGCACAGCCCUGGAGGCAGCAUCCCGGCCUCGAUGGCGCGUGCCGUCUCCAGAGGUCGAAAGCUCGCCUCGGGCAUGGGCCGAAUCAGUCACAGCCCUUCCCCGUCCAACAGCCGUCCCGCCAGUCGCGCCUCUUCGCCCAGCGCUCCGCCCUUGUCCGAGCGAGGCCGCACGUCCAUGCGUUCGCCUCCGACCUACGCCUACGCUAUCUCCGAGGCGCUGCGCAACGGUGCUGAUUCCACCGCUCCCUUGGAUCAGGAGGUCACCGAGCACAGUCUACCGCCGAGCAUCUCCGCGACGCCCCAAAGGUCACGUCGCCCAAGCUUGUCCAACGACCGCACUCCACCCGACGAGCGCGGAUCCUCAAUGCGCGAGACCGAUGAGCUGGCUGCGCAUCUGAGCAGGUCGCUUGCUGUCCAUGCCAGCGCCAAUCGCAGGAGCAUGAGCGCAGCUCCAGCAGAAAUGGCCUCCUCCCAGUCUUCCGGCUUACACGUCAACGCUAACGCCGAGGACGACAAGGGCAAGGCCAAAUCCAGGAGCCAUUCCAUUGGCUUCUUCGGCUCUCGCAAGGCUCGCAGCAAAUCGCGCGUGCCUGUCGGGCGCGGCAGCGCAGCUCACACGAGCGACCUUGUCCAGGUCGACGAGGAGGGCGAGAGGGGCCGCAGAGGGCCCGCCGACCGUCCUUCCUUGGAGCACUCGGGCUCAUCUGGAGGCGUCGUCGUCACGCCAGGCUCCGAGGGCGAUGGUGGCUGGGAAACCGAGCCCAACCAAGACGGCCUCGAGCUGCAAAAGGGCGUGCACGGCUUCGAAUUCGCCUUCAUCAUUCCCUGCGAUGCUCCUCCUUACGAGCGCUCGCCUUAUGGCAGGGUGCGCUACAUCAUCAAGGCUACCGCCAUCGGAGCCGGUCGAGCCAAGUCGAACGUCGAGUGUUGGCGCGACCUGUACCCAAUGGUCAAUCCUUCGCCCGACAGUGGACCCACGCCUCUCACGGUGCUCUACAACGACAUGCAUCCCACGGUCGGCCUGGUCUCCAUCGCUUGCACAUCCAACAACAUCUCCGUCGGCGGCGUCUUCAACAUUGACGUCAACUCGCCCAACCCGCCGAAGGAUCUCAUUGUGUAUUUGGUGCGCGUCUCGCUUGAGACGACCAUCGAGCUCAGCACCAAGCGCAAGGGCAAGCAGACGGUGCCCGUCCAGCGUCACAAGCUCUUCGAAAAGGGCUGGGUGCCGCCCAAGAACAAUGACGGAUCGCACGGCGACGGUAAGAAGACGGAUGGCUUCGUGCGGAACUCGGGCACAGAGGAUGCCUGGACAGUGCAGGGCAUCGCGCGCAUGCCGGACGACAACCACAUUCGCGCUUCGACCGUGGCUGCCUCCAAGGCAAGCAUCCGCUUCAGCCACAUUAUUGUCGUCGAGAUCGUGCACAGCCGCAAGCCGCCCGGAAGUACGGCGACAACGCCAGAAGAGGAGGCCAAGGAGAGGAGGCUAAAGGUGUUCGCGCUUCGACAACCUGUGCUGGUGCCGUCGUGUUGCUGCGCCUACGAUGCGGUGACCCUGCCGGCGUACUCGGCCGAUCCGGACCCGUCCUCGCGCCGGGCUGAGAUGCCGUACGACCUGACAAGCUUUGCGCACCACCCGCCGAGCAGCGACGGAAACGCCUCGGCGAGUUUCAGUCACGGCAAUAGCACCACAAGUGGCUUCUCGACGGCAGGACCCAACGGCACAAGCACAUCCACCGCGGUCAGUGGCCAGUCGCAGCUCUUCUGCGUGUGCGGCAUGUCGUUGCAGGACCUCAGUGCACAGGAGCGCGCCCUCAUCCCGAGCCAGCCGCUGGAUGUCAUGGGUGGCGAGCUCUUCCGACACCAGGGCAAGAUCGGCGAGCUUCCGCCAAGGUUGGAUGCCGCACAGCGCAGGAGAAGCCCGUCCACGUCGUCCACCGCGCCUGGCAGCGGCAUUGUGGCGAGUCUCAAGGGCCGAAGGCGCUCGACCUCGAGCACGCGCACCACCACCUCGGCGAGUGCUGCUGCGAGCGGGUCGGGGGCUGCAGGCACGGCGGGGCCGCUGAGCGAGCGCAGGGGCUCUAUCACGGCAGGAAUCAAGGGCAGGUCGCCAUCGAUCACGUCGGCGCUGCGAGCCAGACGGCCGUCCAACUCAUCGGGAUACGCCGGCGGCGCGGCAUUCAACCGCUCGGAAAGCACAAGUAGGGGCUCGGCCAUCAGCAGGAUUUCGGCAACGAGCUCCGCGCCGGUCACCAGGGCCAGUGCCGAUGUCCGCGAUGCAGCCCAGCCUGCGGUCCCGCACAUCCCCGAGUAG